AUGGGUGUUACUACUAGUAAUGAGUCUGAAUUUACCCCUCGUGCUUCAAGUCCUCUGUUCCUUCAUCCUAGUGAUGUCCCUGGUACAUCACUGGUUGGUGUUCCUUUCUCCAGUACUAGAUUUGGAGGUUGGAAAAGGAGCAUUAUCAUGUCUCUUUCAGCUAGAAAUAAAAUAGCUUUUAUCGAUGGAACUCUCCCUAGGCCUCCUAUUAAUUCACCCGAGUGCAAACAGUGGGAUAGGGUGAACAACAUGGUAAUUUCCUGUUUAACAAGCUCAGUGUCCCCUGAAAUUGCAGAAAGUGUUCAAUAUUCGGAGACUGCUGAGAGUAUUUGGAGGCAAUUAAAUACUAGUUAUGGAACAGCUAAUGGAACUAAGAAAUUCGAAAUUAAGAGGGAGUUGGCUUUUACAUGUCAAGGGGAUCUUGAUAUUGCAUCUUAUUUUAACAAGUUGAAGAAGCUUUGGGAUGAACUGAUAGUCAUGUCUUCCAAUCAUGCAAAAAAUUGUAAUUGUGUUGCUAAGCCUGGUCUGGAGCAGGAAGAAGAAGAGAAUAGGGGUGCAUCAAUUUCUAAUGGGGUUGAACGAGACAUAUGUUAA